AUGUCAGGAUUACUAAUCUCAGCUGUCCAAGUCCUGACCUUCUCUUAUUGUGGAUCUGAGUAUGUUGAGAAUAAGAACGUACUCCAAUUGUGCAACUGGAUUUACUGUUGGAGUUUCUACUUCUUCACUGUUGUGAUGAGUAUUCCCAACAUUCCAGGCACUUUAAAUCAAUAUUUAAUUAAUUAGUGUAAAUAUAUUUGGAUCUUUCUUACUUGCUUAUUGUGUAUUGAAUUUCAUAUGUUUAUGGUUUCACAAAAGGAAAUUCUUGUAAUUGCGAGAAAAUGA